AUGGAGGAGAGCGUGAGGUCGGGGUCCCUCCACGUGAUCCACGAGGGGGACUGGGCAGUGCUCAAGCGAAACGAAGUCUUCAAGGCGGUGGCUGUGCUGAGGCGAAGAAAAAUUAUCUUUGAAAAGCAAUGGUUCUAUCUGGAUAAUGCCAUUGGGCACAUUUAUGGAACGACCUUUGAAGUGACCGGUGGGGGAAGCCUUCAGCCAAAAAAGAGGGUGGAAGAGGCAACUGCAGAAACAAAGGAAGCAGGUACAGAUAACCGGAACAUAAUUGAUGAUGGGAAGUCUCAGAAACUGACUCACGAUGAUAUAAAGGCUUUGAAGGAUAAAGGCAUUAAAGGACAGGAAAUAGUUCAGCAGCUGAUAGAAAACAGUGCCACGUUCAGAGACAAGACUGAAUUUGCCCAGGAUAAAUACAUAAAGAAAAAGAAGAAAAAGUAUGAGGCAGUCAUUACAAUCAUAAAGCCGUCUACACGAAUUCUGUCGACAAUGUACUAUGCAAGAGAACCGGGGAAAAUCAACUAUUUACGAUACGAUACUCUAGCCCAAAUGUUGACUUGGGGAAACGUCCAUGCUGGGAACAAGAUGAUCAUAAUGGAAACCUGUGCAGGAUUGGUGCUGGGUGCGGCAAUGGAACGGAUGGGGGGUUAUGGAUACAUUAUUCAGAUGUACCCUGGAGGUGAAGCCGUUCGAGCAGCCACAAACUGUUUUGGGUUUCCAGAAUCCUUUUUCCAGACACUUUACGAGUUCCCUCUCAACAAAGUGAGAAAUCUUCUCUCCGGAACAUUUUCUAUCAAGGUAUUGCCUUCAGAGUCUGAAGAGAACAUCCCAUUGGCAGAAGAAAGCAAUGGGUCAUUGGAUGAGAAGGAACUUUCCACACAAGAAACGGAUAUGGAAUGCGGUACCGAGAUAGCGACGGAGUCCAGUCCACCUGACGAACAAGAAAUGGUGGAUAUUCCUACCGAUGGGGAGGCAUUGGAAGAUAAUAAAGCAAAGGGAACUAUGCGUGACAAACAAAGGAAACAAGAGGAAAGGAGGAAAAAGUUGAUAGAAACCGCAGCCUUGUUGAGAGACAAAGAUGCUGAUGGUUUAAUUGUAGCCAGUCGAUUCCAUCCAGUGCCUGUAUUACUCUCGUUAUUAGAAUUUGUUGCUCCCUCAAGGCCUAUCGUUGUCUACUGCCAAUAUAAAGAGCCGUUACUGGAAUGCUACACAAAACUGAGAGAGAGGGGCGGUGUUAUUAAUCUAAAGCUUUCCGAAACCUGGUUACGCAACUAUCAGGUCUUGCCAGAUCGAAGUCACCCCAAAUUGACCAUGAGUAGCGGCGGAGGGUACCUGUUGACAGGCAUCACUGUAAUAAAUGAAAAUCUAAAAAUUGAUGACUGCUCAGAAGAGAAAACUGAAGAACCAACAUCCAAAAAACGUAAACUUCAAGAGCCGCCAGCACUCAAAGAAGACAUUUUCCUUUAA